AGACCAACGUGCAAGAGACUUCCAUGCGACUCCAUGGCGGUGCGCGAGCUUCGCACUCGGUGAGGCCUUCAUGGCAGAAGGUGGAGAGCGUCCACAGGCGCCACAUGAAGUUGGUGGCGAGGCUGUGGACUACCGCCUGGUGAUCCCCACCCGCGGCCGCUGGCGCGCCGCCUGCAAGAUCACCGCGGAGCGCGCCCUCAAGAAGGAGGACCGGCCGUUCAUCUUGGUCAAGACCUUGGCCUUUCUAAAGCGGCAAAGGAUUCCCUCUCAUCGGGUCACGCUCUAUGUGGCGGACGAGGACGAGCGGCAAAGGUACCAGGAGAGGCUCUGCAGCGGGACGAGUUCUGGGCAGACACUGCGCUGCAGGUGGGUGUGCCGGGAAUUCUGGCACAGCGGAACCACAUCGUCAAGUCCAUGGAUGAAGGCACCUACGUUGUCAGCUUCGACGACGACGUGUCCGAGAUCUGCUGGUACACGCCCGGCUCAGCGGCUUUGACACCUUUGCCUGACGGCACCUUGGAGUCGUUGAUCUUCCAUGCGCACGGUCAGUUAAAGCGGCACCGCGCGUACAUUUGGGGGCUGAACCCCUCCAUGAAUGUGCGGAACCUUUGGUCGGACGGCAUCAGCUGCCGGAACGGCGAGAUCAACGGCUUCUGCUACGGCUUCCUGAACCGCCACAAGGAGGCGCUUCUGCCAGUGGUCUCCGAUACCGCGGAGGAUGCAGAGCGCUCCCUACGGUUCUUCAAAGAGGACAAGGUGGUGUUGAGAUACAGAAUGUACACUGGCAUCACCCGCUGCUUCGGAUAUGAAGAAGGGCUUCAGAAGCUCUUUGAAGGCGCCAGCCUCCGCGAGAGGAAGCAGGCGCGGAAAGCCGCUGAGGAGCUGGCCUUCGAGCAACUCAGGAAGCUCUUUCCAGGGCAGCUGAUGGCACGCAGGCAGCGCAAGACCUUGGCCACGCUGGCGGUGGCCUUUCGGCCGCUGGGGGGGCCGCCGGUGCCGGUGACCUCAGUGCCGGCGCUGCGGCAGGCGAACAAGGCAGACUCCAAGCACAAAGGGGCUCAAGGAGCCAGCCAAGCCUGUGAAGAAGCGGAAAUCAUCGACCUUGCAUUUCCCGAGCGAGGGGCCGUCCGAGCCAGAGCAAUCGCAGGAGGAGCCAAAGGAAGCUCCCAGCGCGAUUCUGGUCGAGAGCGGCUCCAGCGACGAGCUGAGCACGGAGCGAGGCGAGCAAGCUGACGAGAACGGCAGCCUGGAGUCCGCUUUGGCCCGCCAUGCAGGCACGGAGGAGGAAGCGCUUUUCGCGGCCUUGGAAGAGUCUCGGAAAUCUCUGGACUACCUGGCCUGGGAGCUGAACGGCUCCGUGGCGGAUCCCAUGGAAGAGGCCCGAGCCAGGUCCUUAAAGGAGGCAACCGCUGCGCUGCGAGAGGAUGCUGAGAUGAAGGAGGCGAUUCGUCAGUCGGAGGAGCAGAGUCCGGCCUCCAAGGGCAUCGCUCCGGACGCGGCGCCCGCUUCGGCUUCGGAAGCUUCGGCUGACCUGGCGCUGGCGCAGCUGGUGGACAUGGGCUUCGACGCCCAUGCGGCGCAAAGAGCCCUGGAACACGGCGGCUUCCGACUGGAUUCAGCGCUGGCUGAGUUGUGCAAGUAGCUGCUACUCGGGCGAUGCACGCUUUGCGCGGGCGGGCACAUGACACGCUUUGCCUUUCUUCAAGGUUUUUUUUUCUUUUUUCUUGG